AUUAAUUAAUUAAAUGAAAUGAAUUUCCUAUUUUCUUCAACUGAUUUCACUGAAUUUGUUAUCACUUUAUAUUUUAUAAUAUAAAAAUAAAAUUUUUAAAAAAUGGCAAUUAAAAGAGGAUCAGGAUUAGGGUUUUACACUCUGCUACUAAUUGUAUCUAUAUCAGUUCUGCUUAUAUUUUCUGUAUAUUCAAUUUCCCACUUAUACCCAUCAACACCCAUAAUUCCAAAUUUCAAGAAACUUGAAAAAAGUUCCACAGAUUUCACUUUAACUAUCAAAAUCUUGACUUACGACCGCCUCGCCUCGCUUUCGAGGUGCCUGCGAUCGUUAUCCGCAGCCCAGUAUGAUCAAAAUGUGGUAAAUCUUCAUAUAUACAUUGACCAUUUUAAGUUUAGUGAAAAAGAUGAAAACUUGGAUAAAAAACUGAACGAUUCGAAAAGAAUUCUUGAUUUUGUUGAUGGGUUUGAGUGGAAAUUUGGGGAAAAAAUGGUGCAUUAUCGAACCGGGAACGUAGGACUGCAGGCCCAGUGGUUGGAAGCUUGGUGGCCUGUUUCUGAUCAUGAGUUUGUGUUUGUGGUUGAAGAUGAUAUUGAAUUGUCACCAUUGUAUUAUAGGUUUUUAAAGGGUUUGAUUGUUAAUUAUUAUUAUAAUGUCACGAAUUCUAGUCCGUCGAUAUAUGGAGCUUCUUUACAGCGGCCGAGGUUCGUGCCAGGUAAGCACGGGAACAAAAUACACUUAAACAAAGAAACACAAGUGUUCUUGUAUCAGCUGGUUGGUACUUGGGGUCAGCUUCUAUUUCCGAGACCCUGGAAGGAGUUCCGUUUAUGGUACGAUGCACAUAAAACCAAAGGCAUGAAACCGAUUCUUGAUGGCAUGGUGACAACAGGAUGGUAUAAAAAGAUGGGAGACAAGAUCUGGACUCCUUGGUUUAUUAAAUUUAUUCACGCUCGGGGCUAUUUCAACAUAUACACAAAUUUCUUGCACGAGACAUCGCUUAGUGUCUCUCAUCGAGAUGCGGGUGUUAACUAUGGUAAAACAGCAGGACCGGACUCGAAUCUGAUUCAAGAGGAUUCUAGUGAGAGCAAGUUUUUAAAAUUGGAGCCUUUGAGAAAUCUGAAGUGGUAUGAUUUCUGUUUUAGAGAAAUAAUUCCUGAUCGAAUUGUGAAGAGUGUCCAUGAACUUGGUCCUGUUUUAAAAUCUGCUCAACAGGCAAAUGGUUUAGUGCUUGUGAGCAUAGAUCAAACAUCAGAGACAUUCACCCGUAACUUGUUGUGUCACUUCGAGAGGCUCAAUGUUCGGAACUAUGUAUUUAUGGGUCCCGACUCUGAUUUCUUGCUUGAUCUUUCAAGACGUGGGCAUCCUGUGAUCAAUGUGGAUAGAUUUUUUGAUAGCAUCAAGAAAUACAUAUCUAUUAAGUUUAGUAAGGAGAUCAUCGUGAAGGCAUAUGUGAUUAAGAAAGCACUGGAAAUGAAGUAUGACAUGUGGGUGUGGGAUCGCAACAUACUUCCGGUCAAAGCUGACUUAUUUCUUGGCUCAGUCAAACUUGAUUCUGCUGCUGACUUUUAUGUUGGGAAUAGAAUUGGGCUUUUGUUUGCCAGGAGUUCAGGUACUGGAAUUUGGACUGAGAGUUUUGUGAACGAAAUUGCACGAUUGGCGGAGUCCAACAUGGGUGAAUAUGAGACCAGUAUUGGGGUUUUAGCAGGAAAGUUAUUGGAGAGAAAGGGUGGCACGUUAAAAAGGUUUGAUGAGGCCGAGUUUAGUGUUGAUAUUAAUGUAGGUAACGAUUUUAAAACCUCAUUAAAGAAUGACACGAGCUUUGCCCUUUGGUCUUCUGACACAGGUCUUGAUCUAGUUCGAAAUAGACUUGGAAGUUUAGGUUUGUGGAUUAUAGAUGCUGAAUCUCAUUGUACGGCUGUUAUUUGUCAUCCAUCAUAGCAGUUUAUUCUUUAAACAUUUUUUCUAGAAUUCUAAUUUGUGUUAAAGCAGGUCAUUUGUAAAACAUGUAACAGAUGCUCUCCAGUUUUGUAUGAGAUAUAUAUAGCAAUGUGUGUGGACUAA